AUGGAGCCAGGAAACCAAACGCCGGUGACAGAAUUCAUCCUGGAGGGACUCCCGAACACCAGGGAGCUUCCCUCUCUCUUCUUCCUCCUCUUCCUCCUCCUCUACUUGCUCACCCUGCUGGGCAACGCCCUCACCCUGCUGACUGUGCUCUGCGAUCCCCGACUCCACGCCCUGCCCAUGUACUGCUUCCUCGGCCACCUCUCCUUCCUCGACGCCUGCCUCUCCUCCGUCACCGUGCCCAAGAUCCUGGCUGGCUUGGCGGGGCCCGGCGGCAGGACCAUCUCCUUCGGCGGCUGUGCGGUGCAGCUCUACGCCUUCCAUUUCCUGGCCAGCACCGAGUGCUUCCUCUACACGGUGAUGGCCUACGACCGCUUCCUGGCCAUCUGCCACCCUCUGCGCUACACCGUGGUCAUGAACAGAAGGGCCUGCGUGGGGCUGGCAGCCGGCACCUGGCUCACCGGCUCGCUCCAUGCCACGAUCCACACCACCCUGACCUUCCGCCUGCCCUACUGUGGCCCCAACCUGGUGGAAUACUUCGUCUGCGACAUCCCCGCCAUGCUGAAGCUGGCCUGCGCCGACACGGCCGCCAACCGAGCCGUCAUUCUGGCCAACAUCGGGACGGUGUCAGCUGGCUGCUUCCUGCUGAUCAGCGUUUCCUACGCCUACAUCGCGUCUGCCAUCCUGAAGAUCCGCACAGCCCAGGGGAGGCUGCGGGCCUUCUCCACCUGCAGCGCCCACCUCAGCCUGGUGCUGCUGUUCUAUGCGCCACUGCUGUUUGUAUACGUGCGCUCCUAUUCAAGUCACGCAUCUGACGGGGCAGUGGCCAUGUUCUACACCAUGUUCACCUCCCUUUUGAACCCUUUCAUAUACGCGCUGAGGAACAAGGAGAUGAAAAAGGCCCUGAGGCGACUGAAGGAUAAAGUGUCUCACACAAAAUAA